UUUACAUUUCCGGCAUGGAGGCUGGCUGUGUUUUGGUGCGGGGUGACGGCCACAGAGCAGAUCGCCCCCCCAUCUCCUCUUUCUUUUCUUUUUUCUCCCCAUCCAUCCAGAUUUGAGCUAUAUCUUUUGUUACUUCUUCUACCUCGACGCAAGUAUAUCAAUCAGUCAACGCAACCAUGGCCCCCGUCAAGAAGACCACCACCACCGCCAAGAAGGUUCCUGCCCACCCUCCCUUCCUUGAUAUGGUCAAGGCUGCUAUCCUCGCGCACAAGGAAGAAGCUCGUAAGGGUAUUUCUAGAGCUACUAUCAAGAAGUACCUCGAAGAGACAUACAAAGUCGACCUCUCCGUCCCCGCCAACGCUACCAACCUCACCUCGGCCAUCCGCCGGGGCGUCUCGAGUGAGGUGUUGCAGUUGCCUUCCGGGCCUUCGGGUAGGGUCAAGCUUGCGCCUGCUGCAAAGGCCGCGGCUGUGAAGGAGGCCAAGCCCGCCGCUCCCAAGAAGGCUCCCGCCGCCAAGACGCCUGCUACCAAGAAGCCCGCUGCCACCAAGCCCGCCGCGAAGAAGACUGCUUCCAAGACGACGACCACCAAGUCCAAGGCUACCGCUACCAAGGCUACUUCUGCCAAGGCUGCGCCCAAGAAGACUACCACCACCAAGGCUGCUACCGCUACCAAGGCUAAGGCUGCCCCCAAGCCCAAGGCUGCUACUACAAAGGCUACUACCACCAAGAAGCCUGCUGCUAAGAAGACUACUGCGGCGGCGGCCAAGAAGCCUGCUGCGAAGAAGACUGCUUCGGGGACUAAGAAGGUUCCUGCUGCCAAAGCUGCCGCUGCGAAGCCCAAGGCCAAGGCUGCGCCUAAGAAGGCCGCUGCUAAGCCCAAGGCUAAGGCUGCUCCCAAGAAGGCUUAAACGACCUUCUCUUUCUCCUUCUCUCUUCUGUCGUUCUUCGUUCUUCGUUCUUCGUUCUCCAAAAGGCGCGAGGUUGGAAGAUGUUUUGAUUUCGCUCCUUUCUUUUGGUGGAUGGGUUGCUACCUCUUUGCCCCUGUUGGUGUAUUAACGGGUGCGAUUUGUAUUUGACCUCUUCGUACCCAUUUGUUUUCUGAUUUCCGUAUAACCUUCGACCUUCGUUUUCGAUCUGCCUUUCUUUUGAUUUUUCUAGAAUCUGAAACUCCUGGACUUUAUGCAUCGGUCCAGUGAUCCCCAAU